UCUAAUAUAAGAAAAAAAGAAUGGAAUAGAUUUUAAAUUUUCUGUUUAGAGAUGCAUUUCUUGACGAAAAUAUUUUCUUGAAGCGUAUAAUGUGUUUUGUUCUAAAAUUAAACAAACUCUGCAAUAUAUAUACACAUCUUCAUAUAAAAGAGAAUAAUUUCAAUAACACACACACACACACACACACACACACACAUACACACGCACACACACGCACACACGUUUAUCCCCGAAGUAAACACACACAUACAGGGCCAUACUAGCGUGGCUGUGCAUGUGUAGUCAAUUUCAGUUUCUUAAGAGCAGUCAAGCAGGACAGUCACUGAGGAUGGAAAGCAAGAUGGCGGCCGAAAAGGCGCGAAGAGACCGCUGGGGUAUUUGGCGCCAGAUAGCGUUCGGGUUCAUCGUCGGCGCCUCCAAGUUCGAAGUCGGGAUGGUGAUCGGCUGGUCGGCCAUUUUGCCCAAGAUGCAAGUCGACAACAGUUCCGCUUUUGUUAUCGGGGAGAGUGACGUCACGUGGCUGGUGGCCUCGCCCAGCGUUGCAGGCUUGGUGGUGACGUUAUUCACGGGUCCGCUCAUGGAGGUCACAGGCCCCUCGCGCCUGCUCUUCAUCAUGUACCUCCCCAUCGCCCUCCUGUGGCUCCUGCAGGCCUUCACGCCCUACCUCUCCGUGCUGUACUUGGCCCGGUACUUGUCCAGCGGGAUCUACAUGGUCCUCGGGCCUCUGCCGGCGACGCUGAUCUCCGAACUCAGCGAGCCCAGGCUUCGAGGCUUCCUGCUGGGGUUCGAGGAGGUGCUGGUGGCGCUCGGGCAGAUGGCGGCGUACGUGAUGGCCGACCUGCUGCCCUGGGCGCUCGCGACGGCUCUCUGCGCGGCGCCCUUCUUCGUGCUCUUCGGCUGCGCUUAUUUCCUGCCGGAGUCUCCUUAUUGGCUGGUCCGCAAAGGGCGCGAGGAGGACGCAGCGAAGUCCCUCAGGAGGCUUCGAGGGCGAGGCGCGGCCGUCGAGGAGGAGCUCAGUCAGAUCGUCUCGGGGAUUAGAGAGAGACAGCAGGCCACGAUCAAGGACCAGCUCAAGCAGCUCGCCCACGCCCGCCACUACCGGCCCGUGGUUCUGCUGGCGGCCGUGUUCACCCUCAGGGAGCUCGGCGGGCAGUACGUGCUGUUCGCGUACACGGUGUACUUGUUCCGUCAGGCGGGCGUGCAGCUCGACGCCUUCCUCUGCACGAUCCUGGUGGGCGUGAUGCGCGUCGUCUUCACCUCCCUCGGCUGCGGCGUCGUGGAUCGCGUGGGGCGUCGGCCGCUCAUCGUCACGACGUCCCUGGUGUGCGGCGUCGCUGAGGCCGUCGGGGCUUUGUUCCUGUUGGUGGACGUCCCCGGGGCCUCGUGGGUGCCCCUGGCCGCCGUCCUGCUCUUCGUGGCGUCCUAUGGCUUCGGCCUCGGACCCAUCCCGUGGGCGCUGCUCGGGGAGCUCCUGCCGACGCCCAUCCGCUUCAUCGGGAGCUCCCUCUGCAUCUUCAGCUUCAGCCUGACGCAGUUCGUGGUCAGCUACCUGUUCCCGCUGCUCAUGGACCACGCGGGCGUCGGGGUGGCCCUCCUGGUCUUCGCUGUGGCCCACGGCGUCCUCGGCCUCGUCCUCUGGGCCUUCCUCCCGGAGACGCGAGGCCGGACCCUCAGCGACCUCCAGGACUGCUUCUCCCCCGUCAGGAAGGCGACGGAGCAGGUGCAGCUACAGAACUAUAAAAAGGCUGUCAACAGUUGAUGGAUUCUCAUAAUAAUUUCCAUACACGUGUUCGUGUAAAACAAAAUUGUAAGAUGUAGUUUAUUUAACAAAGAUUAGCUUCUUUUUUAAAACACAAGUGUUCGAGUCAGAUGCUCUUGGGAACUCUUUCCCCGAAAACUUAUUUUGCUCAUCAGCCAUGUCAGUGUCAACAGCUGAUGCGAUUUCACACGUUAGCAAUGAAUGCAGAUUCAACGAUGAAAUCAUCUCAAGAGAAAUCGGGCUGUAACCAAGCAGAAAUGAAAACAAACAUGAAAAUA